AUGGCCGCCCCUCAGCAACAACCACCCGCCCCCCAGCAGGGCCCCAUCAGCAACGACGACGUGGCCGAGUGGACGGCCCGCUUCAACGACGUGCUGGCCCGCCCCGGCGAGUACGUCAACUCCAAGUCUCCCGAGAGCGCCCAGCCGUGGUAUAACUCGUUCUUUGGCUGCUUCGCCCCGAUCGAGACCUGCCUGAUGUCGUGGUGCUGCCCCUGCGUCGUCUUCGGCCGCACUCACCAUCGUCUGCGCAAGAGCGCCAACCUAGCUGGCUACGAGCCGAUCAACACUUCGUGCCUCCUCUUCUGCGCCUCGGGCUGCGUAGCCCUGCACUGGAUCCCCAUGGCCAUGCAGCGCGCCGACCUCCGCACCAAGCACAACCUGCAGGGCAGCUGCCUCGUCGACAUCGCCACCUCGUGCUGCUGCGGCUGCUGCCACCUGGCCCAGAACGACAAGGAGGCCGAGUACCGCGAGCAGCUGCUCGCGAGCCAGGGGAUCCAGCAGGGCUACCAGGCCGCCGGCGGGAUGGCGUACCCCGGGGGUCAUAAGCAGUGA